AAAACUACUACUACUAAGGUUAUUGUUGAAAACACAUUUAAAUAAAAACUAUUGGUCUUCCUUAUCGUAAAAAAUGCAUAAGGGUAUGGUCAGCCUGGUAACUGGUGGAGCUUCUGGGUUAGGUAGGGCUACAGCUGAGAGACUGGUGAAACAAGGCGGAAAGGUUGUUCUGCUAGAUAUACAAGGAACGAGACUUAAAGAAGUUACAAAAGAAAUAGGGGACGAUGCUGUAGCUGUGACGGGAUCAAUAACAUCGGAGGAUGAUGUUAAAAAAGCACUGGACAUAACCAAAGACAAAUUUGGCAGACUUGAUACACUAGUCAAUUGCGCUGGGCAGUCAAUAACACAUCAGAUUUAUAACUUUAAUAAAGAUUUACCCAGUACAUUGGCAGAUUUUACAAAAAUUAUCAAUAUCAACACUGUUGGAACAUUCAACACAAUUAGGUUAUCGGCUGGACUGAUUGGUAAGAAUGAACCAGACGCUAAUGGCCAAAGAGGAGUUAUAGUCAAUACGGCAUCAACAAUAGCAUACGAAGGAGAUAUUGGUCAAGCUGCAUAUGCAGCAUCAACUGCGGCAAUAAUAGGAAUGACGCUACCGAUUGCAAGGGAUCUAGCUUCAAAAGGCAUUCGAGUUGUUACCAUAGCACCAGGUAUAUUUGACACGCCCCUAACGUCAUAUUUACCAGAGAAAAUGAAGGAAUUCAUCAGGCGUAUGACUCCAUUCCCCUCGAGAUUGGGCAAACCUGAGGAGUUUGCUCAUCUCGUUACAACUAUAGUUGAGAAUCCAAUGUUGAACGGAGAAGUCAUAAGAUUAGAUGGUGCACAAAGGUGGUUUCCGCUUUGAAAUCAUGUUAAGUUAGAUUAAGUAUUGUCUAAGACUGUUAAUAAAGUUGAAUGUUG